UAGUUUCAGGGUGUUUUUGGGGGGCACCUGGUGGUUUUGUUACAUUUGUUGGAUUGUAUUGUUCAGUUUUAUAACUUAUUUAAUGAUUUGAUUAUGAGGGUUAAUUUGAAAUUUGAGAGGGAGCUGUGUGUUCGGUUCAGGGGUUCAGGUUGUUGUUAAACGUGGAGUUUUACGUUAUUUUAAUUAGCUUAUUUAUCGUUAAUGGGAGGUUUCAUGUGUAUGGAGAACACUGUGCCGUAACGAAAACUGCUGCAUAGUGCACCAUAAGUCCAUAAUGAGUUAAUAAUGAGAACAAUGAUAAUUACAAAGUUAAACAAUGGAUCUAGAAUAUAAGAAGUUUUAGUAAUAAGCUAGAUCCAUUGUCUCAAGUUUCGUAAUUUAGUUAAUUUAAUAGAGCACUUUCUUGAAAUACAGAUAUCAUAAAACUACUUUUAUGAUGCUGCUCAAUAUUGAUUCUAUCCUUGUUUUAGUUUUCUUUAACAUUUAAGUGAUCUGCUUACAGUGACGUGGGAUAGUUGACGUGGCAUAGUUGAAUAAAGCUAACGGUCUCAAUUUAUAUUAAGUUGUUUUACUUCUUUUGUUAAACUCAUCGGGUACGGUUGCCUUCUAAGUUUUAUAACUUUAGUCUUUAACAUCGUCCUUUAAUGUUGUACACUAAAAAAGGACCCUACCAAUUAAAACUACUAUGGCAAAUUUUGUAUUAAGUCUGAUUUUAUUAACUAAGUUAUUCUAGUAAAAGUUUAUUUUUAAGUUUGUUCCUAUUAACUGAGUUAUUCCAGUAAGAUGGCCUGGUGGCUCUGCACAGUGUUGCUUGUUGCUUUAGCAACUGCUGACUUGGACGUAGAACAAGAAGAUAAGAAGGAGGAGAAAAAGACAGGAACAAUUAUUGGUAUUGAUCUCGGGACCACUUACUCAUGUGUUGGAGUGUUUAAAAACGGCCGAGUUGAGAUCAUAGCCAACGAUCAGGGGAACAGGAUUACUCCUUCUUACGUUGCUUUUACUGAAGAUGGAGAAAGACUCAUUGGCGACGCUGCGAAGAACCAGUUGACAUCCAACACGGAGAACACAGUAUUUGAUGCUAAGAGAAUGAUUGGAAGAAGCUGGGAUGACACCAGCCUCCAAAAAGACAUCAAGUUCUUUCCUUUCAAGACUAUUUCUAAGGACGAAAAGCCCUAUGUGCAAGUGGAGGUUAAUGGGGAGAUGCGAUCAUUUGCCCCCGAAGAGAUCUCAGCAAUGGUGCUAACUAAAAUGAAGGAAACAGCUGAGGCUUACCUUGGAACCAAUGUUACAGAGGCUGUAGUGACUGUUCCCGCCUAUUUCAACGACGCACAAAGAAAAGCCACAAAGGAUGCUGGAGUAAUUGCAGGACUUGACAUUAAGAGAAUCAUCAACGAGCCUACUGCAGCUGCUAUUGCUUACGGACUGGACUCUAAAGUCAAAGAAAAAACAGAGGAACAGUCAGUCCUAGUGUUCGACUUGGGAGGUGGUACCUUCGACGUGUCCCUCCUUAUGAUUGAGAAUGGAGUAUUCGAGGUUAUUGCUACUAGUGGAGACACUCAUCUCGGAGGGGAGGACUUUGACCAGCGGGUUAUUCAACACUACAUGAGACUUUAUAAGAAAAAGAAAAACAUUGAUAUUUCCGUAAACCAACGCGCUAUACAGAAACUUAGACGAGAGGUAGAGAAAGCAAAGAGAGCCCUGUCGACCCAACAUCAAACCCGCAUUGAGAUCGAAUCACUGAUCGACGGAGAGGACUUUGGUGAGACCCUGACUCGAGCUAGAUUUGAGGAGCUUAACAUCGACCUGUUCAAGUCUACAAUGGUGCCGGUGCAGAAGGUUCUAGAUGACGCUGGAAUGAAGGCAGAUGAGAUUGAUGAGAUUGUUUUGGUUGGAGGCAGUACCAGGAUACCCAAGGUACAAGAGUUGGUGAGGGCUAUGUUCAAGAACAAGGAGCCAGUUAAAGGUAUAAACCCUGACGAGGCUGUUGCUUACGGAGCUGCCGUACAAGCAGGAAUCUUGGGAGGCGAGUCACAGACUAAGGGAAUCAUCCUGUUGGACGUAUGUCCUCUGUCAUUAGGCUUCAUUAUAGAGGGAGGUCUGAUGGAAAAGAUGAUACCAAGAAACUCGGUUAUUCCAACUAAGAAAGUCAAGGUGUUCACAACUGUUUACGAUAACCAGGAUACGGUUGAGAUUGAGGUUAUGGAAGGUGAACGUGCAAUGGGAGCAGACAACCACAAGCUCGGCAAAUUCGACGUGACAGGAAUCAGCCCAGCAAGAGCAGGUCACCCUCAAAUUGAGGUGACAUUUGAAGUAGAUAAUAACGGUGUUCUGCAUGUGAAGGCUAAAAAUCUGGCAGGAGGCAAGACUGAGGGCAUCACGAUCAACAACGAUCAGAACAGGUUGUCCCAAGAUGCCAUCCAGAAAAUGGUUGAGGAGAGUGAGAAGUUCGCAGCUUUGGACAAGAAAGUUAAAGAACAGGCCGAGUCUAAAUUGGAGCUUGAAAAACUUGCUUACUCAUUAAAAUCCGAUAUGGCGGACAAAGAGGAAGGAAAACUUGGAUCCAAGCUGACAGACGACGAAAAGGAAAUCCUCAAAUCCGCCAUCGAUAAGUCGAUCAAGUUCGCGGAUGAUUCCCAAUACUCUUCAGUGGCCGAGAUCAAAGCUCAGAUCACUCAACUAAACACAAUCUCCAGACAACUUAUAAUGAAACAUCAAAAGAAAGAUGGGGAGAAGACCAAGACCAAAACUGGCAAAACAGAACUGUAGCGAGCUCUUUGUUUUUGUCACUGUCAUGUCAAGUGUCAGGAUAAGGGUCGUCAGAUUUUAAUGAAAUAUUUGUUUUUAA